AUGAAACAAAUGGAUACAGAAAUGAUAAAACAAUUUGAAAAUUCAUUAUGGCAACAAGUUUAUGGUGCAAUAUAUUCAUUAAUAGCAAUGGGUAUCACGUUACGAAAAACAUGUAGUCAAAUUAAGUUAAAAUCAUAUGUAAAAUCUUAUGCUAUACCAACUAAUAAAUUAAGUGAUUUAGUUCAAACUAAAGAAUCGUAUUCUUCUGCAUGGCAAAAUUUGAAAUAUGGCAGAAUAUCAAUCAAUUUUGCAAAAAGAGAGUUAGAUAUGAUUCUAUUAGAAAUCGAUGCACAUUCAAAAUCUAUAGAACAAAGUAGAGAUAAUCAUAUUGGCGGUACUAUAAAUAAUGUAAUAAAAUUAAUUGGAAAUGGUAUUCAAUUUAUGCAAACACCAACAGCUAUAUUAACAUCAACAGGUCUUAUGUUAUAUGGUACUAUAACAGGAAUGGAAAUAACAACAAUUGCGGGUCAUACAUUAGGGGUAUAUUGGUCACAAGAAGAAUUAAAUAAAUUAAAUGAAUUAAAGGAUGAAAUGAAUAAAUUACAAGAAAACAUAAAUACUAUAUUUUCAAUAAUAGAACUUAUUGAAGAAAAACUGACACACCUUCGAGCAGAAGAAAAAAUAAAUUGA